CAGAGAUAGAAGGAUAGAGGAAGGGAGUGAGUGAGUGAAUGAGAAAGACGGGCAUACAGGGAGUGAAACAGACAGAGCGAGAGUAGCGGCUCUUACAUCUAGACGCGUGUAGAUAUUUUGCUCCCGGAGAAUCCAAAUAAAACAAACAAGAACACAACAGAUCGCGCUUGUGACAGGACAGGCACCCGACCGAGAUAUUUGAAUGACUUUUCUGCCUAUCUGAAUUAUUAUUCCGAGGAAUAGUGUCAUAUGUGGAGAUUUCUUAACCUCGGAACGGCUGGCGUUUUUCAGCGCACGAGACACUGAAGAACAAGGAAUACAAUGCUAAGGAUUUUGGAUACCGUGGUCACUGUCGUGACCAUUUCCUUUGUGGUAGAGGGGGUGCUCGGUGGCUACGGGAUGAGCAUGUUCGCCGCGCAAACAUCUCCCCCGGACCCUUGCUACGACGAGAACGGUAACCCGAGGAGAUGCAUUCCCGAUUUUGUGAACUCCGCUUUCGGAAAGGAAGUCCGCACUUCCAGCACCUGUGGUAAAACCCCGGGUAGGUACUGCUUGGUAACAGAGAAGGGCGACGAGAGAAAUAGGAACUGCCAUACUUGCGAUGCCUCGGACCCCAAAAAGUAUCACCCACCGACAUAUCUAACGGACCUCAACAACCCCCAUAAUCUCACAUGUUGGCAAUCGGAAAAUUACAUCCAAUACCCCCAAAACGUCACCAUAACACUGUCACUGGGCAAGAAAUUCGAAGUCACCUACGUAAGCCUGCAGUUCUGCUCACCUCGACCCGAAUCUAUGGCUAUCUUCAAGUCUAUGGACUACGGCAAAUCUUGGGUACCUUUCCAAUACUAUUCGGCCCAGUGCAGGAAAAUGUACACCAAACCGAGCAAGGCCACCAUUACCAAACAGAACGAACAAGAGGCGAUAUGCACGGACUCCCACACGGACAUGCACCCUCUAUCCGGCGGUCUCAUUGCCUUCAGCACUCUGGACGGCAGACCGUCGGCGCACGACUUCGACAACUCGCCGGUGCUCCAGGACUGGGUCACCGCCACGGAUAUCAAGGUGACGUUCAGCCGAUUGCACACUUUCGGUGAUGAGAACGAGGAUGACUCGGAGCUAGCCCGGGACUCUUAUUUCUAUGCGGUGUCCGAUCUGCAAGUUGGCGGUCGAUGCAAAUGCAAUGGCCACGCUUCGCGGUGCGUAAAAGACAGGGAUGGAAACCUUGUUUGUGAGUGCAAACAUAAUACCGCGGGACCGGAGUGCGACAGGUGCAAGCCUUUCCAUUAUGAUCGGCCGUGGCAACGCGCAACAGCUAGAGAAGCCAACGAAUGUGUCGCCUGUAACUGUAACCUGCAUGCCAGGCGAUGCCGUUUCAACAUGGAGCUGUACAAGCUGUCUGGGAGGAAGAGCGGAGGAGUCUGUCUCAACUGUCGCCACAACACGGCCGGACGCCACUGUCACUACUGCAAGGAGGGUUACUACAGAGACCUGUCCAAAACCAUCUCUCACAGGAAAGCCUGCAAAGCAUGUGAUUGCCAUCCCGUGGGUGCUGCUGGCAAAACCUGUAACCAAACCACGGGUCAAUGUCCCUGUAAAGACGGCGUGACUGGUAUCACGUGCAACCGCUGCGCUAAAGGCUACCAGCAGAGUCGCUCGCCCAUUGCCCCCUGCAUAAAGAUUCCCGUUGUUCCUCCGACAACCACAGCCAGCAGUACAGAGCAGCCAGCAGACUGUGACUCCUAUUGCAAGGCGUCGAAAGGCAAACUGAAGAUCAACAUGAAGAAAUACUGCAAGAAAGAUUACGCUGUCCAGGUGCACAUUCUGAAGGCAGACAAGGCGGGCGAGUGGUGGAAGUUCACCGUCAACAUCAUCUCUGUCUACAAGCAGGGCGAGAGCCGCAUCCGCCGCGGAGACCAGUUCCUGUGGGUCAGGGCCAAGGAUGUGGCGUGCAAGUGUCCAAAGAUCAAGACCGGGAAGAAGUACCUGCUCCUGGGUAACAAUGAGGAUUCUCCAGGGCAGUCUGGAGUGGUGGCCGAUAAGGGAUCCCUGGUCAUCCAGUGGAGAGACACAUGGGCCCGUCGGCUGAGGAAGUUCCAGCAACGCGAGAAGAAAGGCAAGUGCAAGAAGGCAUAGGCGGAAAGUACGGACGACGCCUGGAGCGAGGGAAUGGAACGCGGGACAGGAGAAAGGAUGAGUGGGUGUUGAAAAAGGACGAGAGGAGAGCGAGGGAGAGUGAGGAAGGACAGAAAGGGACUGUGCGUUGUCGCUACUUUUUCGAGUAGAAGCAUGAAGAGAAUAUUAUUGAGAAGAUUUUUUUUCUAGUGGACUUUUGUGAAGGAGCUCACGCUGCAGGUGUCAUUGCUUCGUUGUUUUUUCCUUCGAGAUUUGUCUCUGUGGAUUUGCCAAGUUUGCACCUAUUACCAGUAUAUAUAAAGUUAUGUGUUUUCAUUUUUUUUCAUAUUGAUAUUUCAUAGCCCUAUUUUAUGAGUAUUUUGUGCUGGUGCAAAGACACCACAAAUCAAGCCACUGCAUUAUCACAAGCUCUGUUUUCUGUCGUUUUUAGGGUUAGCUAAUAAUAUCACUGACAAACCAGCCUGCAUCAUCAAACGUCCUCACUUCAACUUUUUGUGUUGAAAUUGUGUAUCCUAUUGGCAGUGCAGCAAAAAGUGCCAUAAAAUAACAUUGGUUCUUCUGCGUCUUGGAAAUGCACGUUUCAUGUAUUAUCAAAUAAGUUGCCUUUCGCUUCACCCGGUCGUAUGUGUAUGUAACCUAAAACGCACAGUAACUAGCUAUGUUUUUUAUUAUAUCACGGGUGUGACAUAUUGUACAUUUGAUUGAAUGUUGGCCCUUAGAUGAAGACCGUGAAAUGGCAAGAAAGAAAAUUAAUGUCCAUUCUUAAAGGUGUACAAUAUAUUUGACUCCAGCAUUGUUAACUAAGCUUAAUUAAGGAUAUUAUUUUAAUCUACACAUUUUUCUUUGUCCGGUUUCAGUAUUCAGAAUGAAAUGAAUGAAUGUUCAUUGUGAAUUGUGGUGAUUAACACACUCUUGUACAGUGUCAAACUGCAUGUCAAUCUGUCUCCAAAAAGGCUGGUUAUUAUGUCAAAUACAUGGCAUCCAUAUUAGGACAGCGUCAGAUGAGUUGAUGUCCUAAUAUGGACACCGUGUCCUUACUCUCUUUUUGACUGGUGCUGCAGUCUAAUUUCAUGGUUAGUGUUUUUAAUAAUACUUUUGCUGGAUUCCCAAGAAGAUGACGGACUGCAUACAAAAUGUCUGGGAUUUCAAAGACUCCUGCUAUUAGAACAAUAACAACCAGAUUUCAAUUUAGGAUCUUCAAUCUCUAUUUAGGAUCACUUGCUUUAAUAUUUUAUUAAUGUUUGGUUCAAUUAUACUGAACAAACAUAAGUGCAACAUGCAAAAAUUUACAGUUUUAUUGAGUUACAAUUCAAUAUAAGGAAAUUAGUCAAUUGAAAUAAAUGAAUUAGACCCUAAUCUAUGGAUUUCACAUGACUGGGCAGAGGCCCACCCACUGGGGAGCCAGGCCCA